UGUACUUACUGCUUGAGUACGUUUUUUACCAGUCUCUUUUCUGUUUUCUAUCAGUGGUCACACAUAUGAUUAUUGUCAAUCUCUGUCUGGCAUCUCUCCUAUUACGAAGUACAACUAUCACACGGAUUGGUAAACCUAAUCAAGAAGUAUGAACAGCUUGGAGAUCUCCAUCUUGCUGUACUGCGGAGUAGUUAUGGUAACAGUAGCACAUCAAGAAAACAGCACUAGUAACAGCACCAUUUCCCCAGAAACAUAUUCUGAACUGAACACCAUAAUGUCAAGCAGCGAAACAUUCAGCAGCAACCAAGCAAACAAUGAUGCAUCACCCAGUACCUCAAGCCCAAAACCAACAUCCAGAACCACGAGCCCAGCGAACACCCAAACAACCCCCAGAGCCAACUCCAUCCCGCUAACCACCGCCAGAGAAUGUCUGUUUGAGAAGAGGGAAGGUGGCAUAGUGCUGAUGGUGAUGGGCGGCCUGGUGGUCUUGUGUACGGUCCUGCUGGUGUGCACCUUGGCGUUGUCAUUCCAGGUGUGCCACCUGAAACACCACCGCAGGAGCGGCACUAGCAGCCGGCCAACCCGGAGCAACAUAGACCUGGUGAGUGCCGGACACUGGGGCACCAGCCAGCGAGCCAAGGAGAGGCCUGGCUUUGACGCGGAAAUGGCCGAGGCCAGCCCGCUGAUAGCCGAGCUCAAGCAGACACAGGACGGGGAGGGGCGAGCGACAGUCGACCAGGGGAUCGGAAAGGACACAACGGCUGAAGACACACCCAAGACUGAAGGGGGGGAGGCGACCACGGCUAAGGGCUCGGACACAACUACCAGCAAUGGAGCGGCGGGACCAACAAAGGGCAGUUCCCCCAGUAAGCAGCCUGCCGAGCCAGAGGUCACCAUAGCAACCUCCACCGCCUCCAGUGACGCGGCUGUGGGCUGACUGCUCUCUCACAGUGAUCCCUUUCUCAGACAGGUCCAUGAGUAAAGAAGUUCAUACAAAAAGCUUUUAUUGGUAUGUUUUAAAGAGACUGAUUUUAGUACCACUUUGAGUAGCCUUGUAUAUUAUGCUUGAAUCCUCAUACGCAGUUGUCAAAAUUUGUGAAAUAAUUACCUGCACUUCUUUAAGGUGCAGACAUUUUGUAAAUAUUACAAGACAGAACAAACCAACCACCGACACCAAACUAUAGUAUCAAGUAAAGCUAAGCUGUAGCAUUCAAACGGCUGCUUUUCAAAAUAUCUUCCAGGACUGCUCUUACAAUGUUUUACUACAAGACAACAUUUCUCCUUUGGCCUUUAUACUAAGGAAAAGUUCCAAUGCUUCUAUUCCAGCUCCAUCCGCCCUUCUGUCACUAAGCCAUUGUAUACAACAAUAAAGAAUUAGGACACGUCGA